AUGUAAUUUGGUAUUGUUUUUGCAAACAAAAAAGGAAUAUUAAAUAGCAGGCUAUUACUGUAACAGAAAGAAGUAGAAGAAUGCAAAAGUCAAUGGUAAGAAACACAUUCUCUAGCUAUGUUUAAUGUCGAAGAAACUUCCAAUGAGUCCAAAAGCUUCCCCGUCAUUACUUGCUGAUUAACAGCUGAGCUGGUGCAGUUGCAGAACCCAAGAUCUCACGAGCUCUCCAUAAUUAAACUAAUCAUCCAUUUUAUUUAUUUCUUAUAUACCUACUCUUCACUCCAUAACCACUCUUUUCUUUCUAUUUCUUCCCAUAUACCUUUGUCGCUUGCUUUCUCUCUGUCUCUUUUCACUGAAAAAAGAAUGGCAGAGAACUAAGGGUCUAAACUCAGUAACCAACGAGGAAGAAGAAUAUGAAGUUGAAAAUCUUGCUUUUCUUCAUCUGUUGUUGCAUUGGUUUUCACUCUUUCGGUUCUGCUUCUUUGAAUGAGGAAGUAUCAGCUCUGCUAUCGAUAAAAGCUGGUCUUUUAGAUCCCUUAAAUAGGCUUCAAGAUUGGAAAUUGUCCUACAAUACAUCUCACUGUAACUGGACUGGUGUGUGGUGCAAUUCUCAUGGAGCUGUUGAAAAGCUUGAUCUCUCCCACAUGAAUCUCAGUGGCCGUGUAUCAGAUGAUAUUGAAAAGCUACAGGGCCUUACUUCUCUCAACUUGUGCUGCAAUGGGUUUUCUUCAUCCUUGACAAAAGCUAUAUAUAAUCUUACCUUGCUGAUAAGCAUUGAUGUGAGCCAGAACUUGUUUGUUGAUAGCUUUCCGAUUGGUCUUGGAAGAGCAGCUGUUCUAACUUUGCUAAAUGCUUCAAGCAACAACUUCUCAGGAUUUAUUCCCGAAGAUAUUGGCAAUGCCACUUUGCUGGAGACGCUUGAUCUCAGAGGGAAUUUCUUUGAAGGUUCCAUUCCAAAAUCUUACAAGAACUUGCAAAAGUUGAAGUUUCUUGGACUUUCCGGGAAUAAUCUUACUGGUGAAAUACCAGCAGAGCUGGGGCAGCUUUCAUCACUGGAGAAAAUAAUAAUUGGAUACAAUGAGUUUGAAGGUGGGAUUCCAACAGAGUUUGGAAAUCUCACCAAUCUGAAGUAUCUUGAUUUGGCUGUUGGCAAUCUUGGUGGUGAGAUUCCAGCUGAACUGGGGAGGCUUAAGGAUCUUGAGACACUUUUCUUGUAUCAGAAUAAUUUUGAAGGCAAGAUUCCUGCUGCAAUUGGCAACAUGACUGCUCUGCAACUGCUGGAUCUCUCCGAUAACAUGUUAUCAGGAGAAAUUCCAGCUGCAAUUUCUCAGUUGAAAACUUUAAAGCUAUUGAAUCUGAUGUGCAACCAGUUGUCAGGUGCAGUUCCUGCUGGACUUGGAGGGUUGAAUCAAUUACAGAUUCUUGAGCUGUGGAACAAUUCGUUAGCAGGUCCCUUGCCUAUUGAUCUGGGCAAAAACUCGGCAUUACAGUGGUUGGAUGUAUCAUCAAAUUCAUUCUCUGGUGAGAUUCCAGCACGCCUGUGUAGUGGUGGCAAUCUCACCAAGCUCAUUCUCUUCAACAAUGCCUUCUCAGGUCCAUUUCCUCUUCGCUUAUCCACAUGUCUCUCACUUGUUCGUGUUCGUAUGCAGAACAAUUUUCUUUCUGGGACAAUUCCAGUAGGACUUGGCAAACUUGAGAAGCUUCAAAGAUUAGAGUUGGCAAAUAAUAGCCUUGGUGGUCAAAUCCCUAGUGACCUUGCUUCUUCUUCUUCACUUUCUUUCAUUGAUGUCUCUAGAAACCACCUUACAUCUUCUCUUCCUUCCACAAUUCUAGCAAUUCCAAAUCUACAAAACUUUAUGGCCUCAAAUAACAACUUAGAUGGUGAAAUCCCAGAUCAGUUCCAGGACUGUCCUUCACUUUCUGUGCUUGAUCUCUCGUCCAACCAUUUUUCUGGAACCAUUCCAGCCAGCAUUGCUUCAUGUCAGAAAAUGGUAAAUUUGAAUCUAAAGAACAAUCAGUUGACUGGAGAAAUCCCAAAAGCAAUUGCAGUGAUGCCCACAUUGGCAAUUCUUGAUCUGUCAAAUAACUCUUUAACUGGCGGAAUACCUGAAAAUUUUGGCACCUCACCUGCCUUAGAAGUGCUAAAUGUUUCAUACAACACCCUAGAAGGUCCAGUCCCUGCAAAUGGUGUUUUAAAAACAAUCAAUCCAGAUGAUCUUAUAGGCAAUGCAGGUCUCUGUGGCGGUGUCCUGACUCCAUGCAUCCACAAUUUACUUACUGAAUCACAGCAGAAGAGCUUGCACACAAAGCGCAUUGUUUCUGGAUGGAUAAUUGGAAUUUCAUCAGUUUUAGCUGUUAUAAUUGCGCUUAUUGGUGCAAGAUCUCUCUACAAAAGACGGUAUUUGAAUGGAAGUUGCUUCCAAGAAAGUUUCAAAAGGGAAAAUGGAGAGUGGCCUUGGAGAUUGAUGGCAUUCCAGAGGCUUGGUUUCACGAGUGCAGACAUUCUAGGGUGUGUCAAGGAAUCCAAUGUGAUUGGAAUGGGAGCAACUGGGACCGUUUACAAGGCUGAGAUGCCUAGGUUAAAUACAGUUGUGGCAGUUAAGAAGUUAUGGAGAUCAGGAACAGAUAUUGAAACAGGAAGCAGUGAUGAUUUUGUUGGAGAAGUCAAUCUCCUGGGGAAGCUAAGGCAUCGAAAUAUUGUUCGGUUAUUAGGCUUUCUCCAUAAUGAUACUGACAUGAUGAUAAUAUAUGAAUAUAUGCACAAUGGCAACCUAGGAGAAGCCUUGCAUGGUAAUCUAGCCGGGAGAUUGCUGGUAGACUGGGUUUCUAGAUAUAAUAUAGCAGUUGGAGUUGCACAGGGACUUGCUUACCUGCACCAUGAUUGUCACCCUCUGGUCAUUCAUCGCGACAUCAAGUCAAAUAACAUACUCCUUGAUGCAAAUCUUGAGGCAAGAAUUGCUGAUUUUGGAUUGGCAAGAAUGAUGAUUCGGAAGAAUGAAACAGUUUCCAUGGUGGCUGGAUCCUAUGGAUACAUUGCCCCAGAAUAUGGAUAUACCUUGAAGGUGGAUGAAAAGAUAGACAUUUACAGCUAUGGAGUAGUUCUACUAGAACUUCUCACUGGAAAGCGACCAUUAGAUCCUGAGUUUGGAGAAUCUGUGGGCAUAGUUGAAUGGAUUCGAAGAAAGAUUAGGGACAAUAGACCUUUAGAAGAAGCACUAGAUAACAGCGUAGGUAACAGCAAGCAUGUCCAAGAAGAGAUGCAAUUAGUCCUUAGGAUAGCACUUCUUUGCACUGCUAAGCUCCCCAAGGAUAGACCAUCCAUGAGGGAUGUGUUAACAAUGCUUGGAGAGGCUAAGCCACGGAGAAAAAGUAUUAGCAACGUCAGUGAAUAUGAUAGCAACAAAGAGAAGCCAGUCUUUAGUCCAUCACCUGUAAAUGGCCUUGUAUAGGGACCAAAAAAAUGAGGUCCCUCGGACAUCAUUUUGUUUAAUUCUUCUUUUGUAUGUAAUCUUUGUUCACGUUUGUAAUCAAUGGCUCUGAGUGUUGUCCAGAAAAUAAAUGGGUAUAUGAAAUUAGAUUCUCUGAUCAAAUAAAAUGAAAU